GUCUGGACAACGCGAUUUUUUCGUCCUCGUGUUCCGGAUACUCGAAUUUCAUACUUUUUAUUUACAAUAAGUUCGUAACAUCUUCGAACCAGUUUUUCAAAUCGUUCUCCAAAGUUCAGUUAUUAAACUUCUGAUAAUUUGACGGACGGGUAAUUUUCGUACGUGAAGAAGACAAAAAACAGCCGCCACCAUGGACGCGAUUAAGAAGAAGAUGCAAGCGAUGAAGCUUGAGAAAGACAAUGCGCAGGAUAAAGCAGAUACCUGCGAGGGGCAGGCAAAAGAGGCGAAUAUGAGGGCGGACAAAGUUCUCGAAGAAGUAGCAGACUUGCAAAAAAAGUUGACGCAAGUUGAGGCUGAUCUUGUCACUAACAAAGGAAACCUCGAACAGGCCAACAAGGACCUCGAGGAAAAAGAAAAAUCCCUCACAAAUGCUGAGUCUGAGGUGGCUGCCCUGAACAGAAAAGUACAACUUAUUGAAGAGGACUUGGAACGCUCUGAAGAACGUCUUAACACCGCAAGCUCGAAACUCGCCGAAGCAUCUCAAGCAGCUGACGAAUCCAGCCGUAUGUGCAAAGUAUUGGAAAACCGUGCUCAGCAGGAUGAGGAAAGGAUGGACCAGCUGACGAACCAACUGAAGGAAGCUCGUCUUCUCGCUGAGGAUGCUGACGGCAAAUCAGACGAAGUUGCACGUAAAUUGGCCUUCGUUGAAGAUGAACUUGAGGUCGCAGAAGAUCGUGUCAAGUCCGGAGAAGCAAAAAUUAUGGAGCUCGAGGAGGAACUUAAAGUCGUCGGAAACAGUUUGAAAUCCCUGGAAGUAUCCGAAGAGAAGGCCAACCAACGAGUUGAGGAAUUCAAAAGACAACUAAAGACCCUGACUGUCAAACUAAAGGAAGCUGAAGCUCGUGCUGAAUUCGCUGAGAAGACCGUCAAGAAACUACAGAAAGAAGUUGACAGGCUCGAAGAUGAGCUUGGAAUCAACAAGGACAGAUACAAGUCCCUGGCCGACGAAAUGGACUCGACGUUCGCCGAAUUGGCAGGAUACUAGUCAAGCGUCUUCUUCACGCAAGAUAUUUAUAAGAGAAUUCAUAUCUUCCAAUCACCAGAGACAAAUUCAAAAAACCCACUUAACGCAAGAAUGCGAAUUACAACUGGAGCUUCUUAAGAAAAAAAGCGAUCGAGCAAAGUUAAAACACAAAGAAUUACUCUCUAUUACUAUUCAUAUCCAGUUUACAUUGCAAAUUUAUUAUCGGAAAUAAAAAAACUUUUGUUAUAAGAUAAUAAAUCUAAUUAUAACGUGAUGUAUGAAAUGUUAUGCUACGAAAUUUAAUAAAUGGAUGUAACUGUUUUAA